CACAAAGCACCCACUUUCGCAGUGAUAAGCCGUGGUGUGUACAAUCGCUUACACAUUCUUCAACGCCUUCAGAAGGAGGGGAUCUGUUUGGAUCAGUUACAAAAACCAAGAAAUACAGUUUCACGACUUUGGUAUUCUAAAGUUCUUUAUGACGCGAACUCACAAACCAAUUCUAAUGAGGUAAAAACACAAGAAAAGAAUGAAAAUCGAGAACCGAAUGAUCUGGUAUCGUUGCUACGUUGGUCUGGCUUACGUGUUUCCACUGAUGCCAAUUUGAUCGAGUCCGUCCACACCACAUCCAGCUUUUGCCCAAAAGGACGUUAUCACGUGGCUUUUGUUCGACGUCAUUCUUUUGAUUGCGGCACAAUCAUCGAUUCAGUACUGCUUUCUGCGCAGUAUCCCCCUGCCAAACUACGGCGUACGCGAGUACGGGGAACACUCCAUUGUGGUAUUAAAUUGAAACGACGUUGCACGGAAUCCAAUCGCAUUGGCGUCGAAAACCAUGUCGCCUUAUCUAGCCACCUCAUUCCAUCGCAUCUUAUCAAACCAACCAGUGCUGAAGAUGGUGUUUCUUGGUGUAUCGUAAGUCCAUCUCAAACUCCAGAACGUUUGUAUCAAGAACCAGCUGGCUGGUAUACGUCAUUUCAUUCGUAUUCGGUGGACGAUACACGAUCCUCUGCGAUGGUGCUACACUCAUCCAUUGCCGCACGCGUGAAACGCAUUCCGCAUGUGGCGGGACAAGAGACCGGGGGACCGUUGAACGGUACAGUUGCAACAAGUUACUCUCAGCUGGACGAUCUGAUGCUCGGUGACCUGACGGAUGAGGUGCUUGCACGCCCACGGAAUCGCGUACCACCGAGGCGUUUCGAUCUGACAGAUCCCGAUCUAGAAAUUGCUCUGAAGCGAAGCCUACUAGAACAAACUCCUUUGCGAAAGCGAAAAUCGGAGAGUGAUGUUACGGAUUCGAACGAAGGCGCCCCCGGUGAACCUCAGCCUGAUAACACUGACAAAAUACACAAUAUGACCAACAGUGAACAUAGUAAACGUCGUGAAAGAACCACCCAUGGAAGUACAUUCCGUAACCAUCGGAGUCAGUCUGCACCGCGCGUUGUUGUGGAUGAGACCAAGGUACCAGAGAAGCCAAUAAUCGAUUCCGGUCGAGAGACUCUUCCUUUGCGCGACACAUUACCUAAAAAAGCUGAACACAAUUUGCCAUCUUCAAAGGGUACAAAUCCUUGCGUUAAUCGUAUUGCCAACCGCCAAGGAAAAGAUCAGCUAUCCUGUACAGUUACAAAUACAUCCAAGUUCAUUCCGAAAUUGAAGUUGGCAAAAAGGAGUAACGGAAAGUUUAAGAUUCUCCAUUUGGCAAGAAAACGCAAGUGCGCUAUUAGAUCCCGUCAGAAUCUGCCUAUGAGAUUGCCACUAGAUUCGACUAGUCAAAAGAAGAUGGAACCUCGUGUUUCGGAAUCUGAUGCUUGCAUCCAACCGCUGACACCACUUGACUCGCGGGAACCAAAGCUUGAGUGGAAGAAAGCGGAAACCGUAUUGUGCUCAAGUCCACUGAAUUUGUCGACACACAAUCGAUUUACGGAGGCGACUGACUGUCCUGAAAUGAAAAUUUCCUCAACGGAUAUUCCACCGGCACUUCUGUGUAUGCAAGAUUUUACGGAUAAACAGCCAAUUUCUCAGGUUCACAAUCAAUACUUGGGACCUCCAGUCCUUGAUCGGGAACGACUAGUACAGCCUGAAAGUAAUGGACACUCAGUUCCACUAACAAUGUGGACUAAAUUGAAGAAUCCCCUACCAGCUCCGGAGCAAUUUACCAAAACUGGAUCGAAGAAGAACAUUCCGAAAAUCCUACCACAAACAUCAAUGGUCUCGAACUGUGACAUACUCCCAACUAUGCCCACAGACAACACGCCUCGGUUUGGGAAUGUUGUCGAAUCACAUUAUCCCGAAGACAGAGUACCUAGCCAACAUUCUAAUCCUCAACCAAGUCUUUCUACUAUGUACGUUCAGGUGCGAAACGAUCCAGUUGCGAAUUUUGGCCGGACACACCCAAGUAAUCACACAUCUAAAAUGAAUUCCCUGAAUGCGGUGGCACCACCGAACUCUAUUCAGUGCGCUUCCCAUCCCCACAUGAUGCUGACCGGAAUGAAUCCAUCCACGGAUUCCUCAUCAAUACGACCAUCUACUCUCAAUGGUGUCUGCUGUCCACCUCCAUUCGUACAAUCGAUUAACACCUCGAUAUCCGGAUUAACAUUUCCGGUUAAGCCACCUGUCCCGUACGCGAUUCCUCAAGUCACAACACCUGUUGUGUUUCCAAAUGUGGUCCCCACUUGGCCACCUAUGAUCCGUGCUCCUUGUGAUGUAGGUCAAGAAACACCCGUACAAAUGACUCCAACAUGGGCUGAUACAAUACCAGCUUCCAUGAACAAUGUGACAACAUCUAUGGGUAAAGCGGACGCAAUGAGUACUAUGUUUUUUCUUCAAUCAGCUAUACCCCCACAACCUGCAUACGGCUGUAACCUAAUGGGUCCCGGUUGGGCUCAACCGCAUGAUGUGAAUAGCCCUUGGCCUAUGGUUCAAUCCCUUCCUCCCGUGCAAUUCAUCACGUGA